AUAAAAUAAUAUGAAACAUUUUUGCCUAAUAAUCAUUUCAUGCUUGAUGUUUCUUCCUAAGGCACAACCAACAGAUGUUCAAUUAUUUCAGUACAGGACAAAGCUUUGUGGUUUCUCACAAUUCUUGACCAUUCAAUAUGGAAGCAUUGCAAUGCAAAGCUAUCCUUUGACAAAAAACUUGUUCAGCUAAUAGAACAUGCAGCAGUAACUAUUCUGCCAUUUAAAACUUUUAUAAGUAGUGGCAGACUUAAUUGAAUUGUCCAUCAGUGCAGCAUAGGGAGUUGAAAUCUGAAAUUGAAAAUGAUAUAUCAUGUAGAGUAGACUAGAAUGAGGAAUAAAAAUGAGGACAAGAGAAGACUCCAAGGCUUGAAAAAGUGACUCAGCUUGGAAUAUCAAAUGGAAGUGGACAAAAACUUUAUCUAUAAAAAAAUCAACGGUGCACUAAAAGAAAAACAAAAACUUAUAAAAGGGAAAACAAAAACAAUUGUUCCUCUAAUGGUGCAUCACGUUUUGGUUUGGUGGUGUUGCUGUAUAUGCUGGUGUGACGCAAUCAUUCUUAUACCCUUGGACUGAAAUAGCUUAGAUGAUUCAAGGCAUCAUCACGACCAGUUUUGCAGUGGUUUUUGCCUAAUUAAUGUUCCAUUUGAAGUGUUUUUAUUAGAUUCUUCCUAAGGUGGUAUAGCUUUUCUUUUUUCUAGAUCAAAGUGUAACAUCAGCCACUUUAUUUUCCUCUAUAUAAAGAACGGUCAUCACCACAGUUAACACCACCUCUAUCAUUUCUCUCUUUCUCUCUCCUCCUAUCUCUCUCUCUCUUUCAUUUUGAUACACACAAACAGAUUAAAGCCAAUCUUAUCCUGUCCCCAAGCUUUUUUCUACUCUGCAACAAUGAAAUUCUCUCUACAAACGAAAAAUAAUAACACAAGUCUUUUAUUUGUAUUCAUUUAUCUUCUGAUAUCAGUUAUAAGUGAGCAAUACUUGCUCACUUCAGCUGACCCUAAAAGCAAUGUUUACAUCAUUCAUAUGGGGAAAAAACAGCAUGAAGAUCUAAAGCUACUCAAGAAAACUCAUCACGAGGUGCUUACUACAGUUCUGGGAAGCAAAGAAGAAUCUGUUAAAGCCAUGGUGUACAGUUACAAGCAUGGUUUCUCUGGUUUUGCAGCCAAGCUUACAAAAACUCAAGCACAAACCAUUUCAGAGUUACCUGGUGUGGCUCAAGUCAUACCUAAUCAGCUUUUUAAGGUGCAAACCACAAGAAGUUGGGACUAUCUUCAACUGUCUUCUCGCUAUCAAACCCAUUAUGAUCAGAUUUCCAAACUGGGUGAUGGUGCUAUCAUUGGUCUCCUAGAUACAGGAAUAUGGCCAGAAUCUGAAACAUUUAGCGAUAAAGGCUUGGGACCCAUCCCGUCCAGAUGGAAGGGAAUGUGCGAAUCUGGAGAGAAUUUCAAUGGAACCAAACACUGCAACAAAAAACUGAUCGGAGCUCGUUACUUCAUCAAAGCACUCGAAGCCGAAUACGGAAAGCCGUACAUUUCCACCGAGUCUGGGGAAUUCCUCUCCCCUAGAGAUUCCAGUGGCCAUGGAACUCACACAUCAACGAUCGCAGCUGGAUCUUCGAUGGCGAACCGGAGCUACAACGGAUUAGGUUCCGGAACCGUAAGAGGAGGCGCCACCCAAGCUCGCAUAGCCAUGUACAAGGUCUGCUGGAGCCUUCUCAGCGGUGGGAUAUGCGCCGGAGCCGAUAUACUCAAAGCCUUCGACGAAGCGAUUCGCGACGGCGUAGACGUACUAUCGGUGUCGAUCGCCGCCGACACUCCGUCGUACCCGGAGGUGGACGACCGGAACGCGAUCGCCAUCGGAGCGUUUCACGCGGUGGCGAAAGGUGUGGUGGUGGUGUGCUCAGCGGGGAAUGCCGGUCCUAGUCCUCAGACGGUGCAAAACGCUUCGCCAUGGAUAUUGACCGUCGGAGCCAGCAGCGUUGACCGCUCGUUCCCUACUGUGGUCACUCUGGGAAAUAACUGGUCAACAACGGGUCAAGCCAUGUUUACAGGAGCUAAAACAGGGUUUAUCAAAUUAGCCUAUCCAGAGGUCUCUGAUCUCAAAUAUCCUCGUGACUGUAAAAACCUGAGAAGAAAAGAGAAAUGGAUGAGAGGGAGCGUAGUGCUAUGCUUCACUUCAUCGUUCAAAGAAGGUUACAUAGAAGACACUGCAUAUUUUGUGAAGAAGGCAGGUGCUUUGGGGCUGAUUGUGGCCGAAAACCCAACCACAGCUCUCUAUUCAUGCGACGAUGACUUCCCUUGUGUUCAAGUUAGCUAUGACGUAGCCAUGAACAUUCUCUACUACUUUCGGACUACAAAGUCUCCCAAGGUGAGAAUAAGUCCUACAAAAACUCAUGAUGGAAGACCAGUUUCGACUAAACUGGCUUACUUUUCUUCUCGAGGGCCUAGCUCUGUUGCCCCAGCUAUAUUGAAGCCAGAUAUUGCAGCACCAGGAGUGAACAUAUUAUCUGCAGUAUCACCAUCUGACCCAAAGAAGAAGAAUGGGUUUGCUUUCAUGUCAGGAACAUCCAUGGCUACUCCACACAUCUCUGGAAUCGUUGCACUCCUCAAGUCUCUCCACCCUGAUUGGUCUCCUGCUGCUAUUAAGUCUGCCAUUGUCACAACAGCAUGGAAUAGUGAUCCUUCUGGUGAGCCAAUAUUUGCAGAAGGAGAGACAAUGAAACUGGCAGACCCAUUUGACUAUGGAGGUGGCAUAGUCAACUUCAACAGUGCAGUGAAUCCAGGCCUUGUUUAUGACAUGGGCACAUCUGAUUACAUCUAUUAUCUCUGUUCAAUGGGCUAUAAAGCCUCUGCCAUAGCCAAGCUUGGACAAGAAAAUCACACUACUACUAGUACUACUUCUAGUUCAUUAUGUCCAAAUAAAAAAAAACCCAACACAAUUCUCAACUUGAAUCUACCAACCAUUACAAUCCCAUCUCUUAGAAGAAGCACAAGUUUCAGAAGAAGAGUCACAAAUGUGGGUCCAACAAACUCUGUUUACCAGGCCAUUGUGAACCCACCACAAGGCAUAAGAGUAUCAAUACGACCUCGUUUUUUGGUGUUCAACUCAACAACCAAGAUUUUGUCUUUCAGAGUAACAGUUUCCUCCUCUCAUAAGGUUACUACUGGUUACUAUUUUGGGAGCUUGACUUGGACUGAUGGUGUUCAUGCUGUCAGAAGUCCAGUAUCUGUCAGAACUGAGCUUAGGGUUUUCUCUAAUUAAUAGUUAGUUUCUAAUUAGUAAUGGUUUUAAAUUGAGACCAUUUUAGUUUCUUGAGAGAGAGAUAGGAAAAGGAAAAUGGAACAAAAAAAAACUUGUAGAUUUAUCAAGACUAAUAUUAAUAAAGUUUAAGACUAUAUAUGACACUUUUUGAGUUGGA